ACCUGGCUUCGGAAUGGUUGGUUAAAAAACGGUGAUUUAACUUAUCUGCAAUUAGCUUAGUGAUGAUUAUUUGUAAUAUGGGAUCCUUCCCAAGCUCUUCGAACAAAGUUGCAGGAUAGUUUGCUGAUAAAAAGUGUCAAGGAAAGCUAAAAAGGUAUGACAACGAACUGCUGUUUCACCAUUAACCAUAUUGCUGAGCUUCAUUUUUUAACAUAAUAAUCCAAGCAUGAUUAACGACCCUUCAAUGCUCUGAUAUUUCUUUUUAUUUGCUUGUACACUUGCUGCACUAAACUAGGAACCUUUUAUAUAUUCUGUUCAAAACCUAACUGAAGAGAAAACCUUCAAACAUUCCUCCUUCCCCUCUUCACCCAACCAUGAAUUCAGUGGACUAUCUCGGUUACAGUUACAGACGCCUGCUUAAAGAUUCCUUAUUCGAACAUCCAUUUGGAAAUCGAGAAAGAAUUGUUACCAUAUGUGCAACAUCUGUCAUUGCAGCUAUGUUUGUAAUCUCUUUGUUCAUCUCCCUCUUCACCUGCUUUCGGCAUCAACUGAACUCUCCUUCCUCUAAACCUCCCCCAUCCACAAGUAGCAGCCAACUCACUACCAUGCCUGUAUAUAUCUAUGGCGAUGUGUCUUCAAGUCCUUCAUCGUCUUACUGUUUUACGUCAUCGUUUGAGCCCAGGAACUGUGUCAUAUGUUUGGCGGAGUUCAAGCAUGGAGACGAGCUUCGUGUUCUGCCUAACUGCAAGCAUGCAUUUCAUAAAGGUUGCAUUGAUCAGUGGCUUCUGUUGAGGUCGUUGCUUUGCCCGCUUUGCCGAGACCAUACGACCGAGGAGAUUGGAACAAUGAGGAGACCCAUUUGUUCGAAUUAUUGGGCCCGAAAUCCGGCCUUCAUAUUGGCCUUUGGCCUUGGUAGUAAUGUCCCAUUGCCCUCUCAAUUGUAAUUUGGAUAUUGGGUAAUUGCAAAACUAGCCUAAUUUAUCUAAACAAGAAUAGCAGCUAAAAAGGUUACAACUACAAGAACUCAAAACAUACAAUUUAAUUGAUAUAUGGGUUAGUAAGUAUUUAGAAUAA